AUGAAUCAAUUCAACCAACCGGUUGUUUUCCAACCUUUCCAUGAUAGUUCCAAUCCAAAUUCUUCGCGAUUUGAUUUCUUUAGUAUGAAUGAUAAUAUAAAUACCAACAGGAAAAGAGGGAGAUCCGAAUUAGGUGGUUCCGAAGUGUUGUUCAAUUGCAAAAACUUCACGUUCCAAGAUACUGGGGCAUCGUUCCACAUUGGCAACGGCAACAAGCAGGUAUCUUGUUUCUCGGAGUUUGAAAAUGCUAAAAGAAGACAACUAAGAAGAAUAGAGACUGAACUACAUACUAAAACCGUUUCUCUAUUAAUGCAGGGCUCACGAGACUAUGAAAAGAAACUAAAACAACAACAACAACAACAACAACAACAACAACAACAACAACAACAGCAGCAGGAAAGUAGAAACCUCGAAAACCAUGACAUGAUGCUGGUGGCAACUUCGGACCACUGUAAUGAGUUUCAUCAAAAACCAUUUUGGCCAACAAUUGUUAGAAGUGUCAAUGGAAGAAACAACACCCCACAGCAAUGUAGAGCCGACGAAUCAGUUCCAAUCCGUUUAAUCUGCCAAGUAUGUGAAAAAGAUCUUAGCAGCAGUAGAAACUAUUACUGUGACGAUAUUACUGAAUUCCAGUGCCAUGUGUGUGAAAAAGUGUUGUGUGGAUUAUGCAGCUUCUCUAGUGAUUACGGCUCAAAUUGCUGCUUUGAUUGUCGAUAUGAAUGA